AUGUCUCGCGCAAGCACGGCUAUUCAGCCUAGAACCCUUACCUUGACCGAAGAACUAGAGAAACUCGAGCAAUCAAUCACACUAACAUUGCAAGAAAUCGAUCACAACUUCAGUCGUGCCCACCGAAUUGUCACCUCGAGCAUUCUACCGGUUGUGGAACAAUACACCGCUCAUUCGAAGGAUGUAUGGGAGGGGUCGAGAUUUUGGAAACAAUUUUUCGAGUCCAGCGCCAACGUGUCCUUAUCAGGCUAUGAGGAACAACCCUCUCAAUGCGAAAAUACGGAUAUUACGGUCACUGAGGACUCCAAUACUACAACCCAAACCACUCUAGAAAACUCAGAAUCUUACGAGACACCCUCUGCGCAGCACAUCUCUACAGAUUCAAUACAGGACCUUGAAUUGUCAAACCUUACAGAAUCGCUGUCACAAAGUACUCCGCGACCGUCUGGGAAGCAGAAAGCCCGGCAGGCUUCCUUUGCGGACUAUCCAUCACCCUAUGAAGCCCUUCGACAAGAGGUCAAUAACACCACCGUCAAUGCCACAUCACUGACUUCCGGAGCAACUUUGCCUGAAACGCCCGGAAAGCCAGCCUUUCACGCUGAUACUUCAUCAACUACGCCGCACUCAUCCCCAUUUUUACCACCUCAACCUACAUCGAUUCCUCGUCCUUUCACGACACGCACCAAAACCGACCCUCUUCUACACCGAGUUCUGGAUCGGAACUAUCGAGUACAAGCAACCCCAAUGACGGCACGGCGGACUCGAACUGUUGUUCUUGAUCCGACUCUAUCUUCCAGUCCCGAAGUAGCUCCGCCGGUGUUACACCCUGAGAUAUUCUCAUCUCCCGAACGCAAAACACGCAUCCCGGGAGUCAGUGUAUUGACUCCUGCCCGUGACAAGACAACGAAGCCCCCUACACGCACGCCUGGAGUUUGGGACAUUGAUGAUGAUCUGGACGACGACAUCGCGUAUGAUCAAAGUCCUCCCAAAACAAUGCAGUUUCACGUUCCUCAGAACCGUCUUUUGAAGACACCAGCCAGAGAAGCCUCGAAACGAAUUGUGGAGGAUAUCUUGACAAAUGCCGGGAUGGAUUACGACGAUGGGGAAAUAGAUUUCAGCCGCGAACUUGAAACUCAGGGAUUUGACGAUGAGGCUACCAGUCCCAGCGUUGUACGAAAGACCACAAACAUUGAAGAUGAGACAUUCUAG